AUGGCGAUGGUGACAGAAAUCUUCGAUGCUCUGCCCGAGAGCGAGCACACUGUCAAAGUGCACAGAAAUGAAGAACUGCUGCUUACCUACCCCAAGCCCGAUAAAAUGCGCAUGUGGAGGGAGCCAGAAAUGCUUCAAGUUGCCACUGUUGCCCACCGCUGGUAUCCUGCGGGCUUUGCCCCUCCGCGCGACAUCUUCAAAAGCGGCGCAUUGCGUCUGGAAUGGCAACAGAUGGAUUUCAGACAGCCAUUCUACCACCGCAAUAUGGAUGUCGAAGAAAUAUCGCUGCAGGUUGACGGCGAACGCACGCUCAUGACAGAGCUCGGCAGCGUGGAACUUCGCACCGGCGACUGGUCCCGGAUCCCUGUUGGUAUUGCUCAUGACAACUACGGCAGGAAAGAAAUCCAUCUACUCUUUUACGUGAUUGCGCCAGCUGCCGAGGCAGGUCAAACGACAGCCGCUGCUCGGCGCAAGGCCAUUCCGUUUGAGGGCUGGACACCGUCGACACGCGCCAUUGAAAUGGUGACGGAGUGCCUUGGUGCCCGCGGCUGUGACCUGGCCGUAUCUUUGCUUGAUGAAGCCCACCUGCUCACGGUCGGCGCGGAAUCAAGCGAUCACUUAGUUGUGCAACGGGCGUCGGCAGAGGCAGGGGACGACCAAGCUGAGAUCGAAUGGCUCUACAAAUCCGCGCGAGUUUGGCUCGGAAACCAUCACCUCCGUCACGCACGCGGUGAAGUGUACCGGUCUCACCGGAGGGCAGUGUCUAUUCACUAUCAGGUCAGCGGCGUGAGGACAUUGGUGAGCCAGCUUGGCACUGUGGAACUGCACCCUGGUGAUUUUGUGAGCAUCCCGCGAGGCGUGGCCCACACAAGCAUUGUUGCCGAUGAGAGCACGCAUACUGUUGUACUGGCCGUGGAUGACAUCGAGAUGCAGAUGACACCAUCCAAGACAGCAGAGCCAAGUUCUCUGCUGCGCACUCAAGCCGCUCGGGCACUUGUACACGAGAUGGAUUGA